CUUCCAUCCAUUGCACGUGGCCCGAGCGUAGUCCUAUAAAAUGGGUUUGAUAGCGGCAAGUGAGGACUUUCUAUCCAUCUGCAACGCCAUAUCCUUCGCCAUCUGUUCUACGCUCACGUUCUCUCUCAUCUAUAACUUUGGUAAAAUUCUAUAUAUUUUUGGUUCUGAAUCUUGUGCGUAUUAUCAUUAACUAUCAAAUCGAAUAAAGUAGUGUGUUUACUCCUGCUGCAGUCCCGGGAUUCGUUCGUGUACUUCACAGUUUCAACAUGGGUAAAAAACCCAAUGUGGCCAUUAUUGGAGCAGGUCUUUCUGGCCUGAGAUGUGCGGAUAUUCUUAUCCAGAAUGGAGCUCAAGUGACCAUCUUUGAGGCUCGAAAUCGGGUUGGAGGAAGGGUGCAUCAGAGCAAGCUCGGGGAUCAUUUAAUCGACCUCGGUCCCAAUUGGAUCCAUGGCACCGGGACGAAUCCAAUUACUGACAUCGCUGAACAAACAAAAACGACUUUGGAAGAUUUCGAGGGGAAUCAAGCUGUGAUAUCUAUGGAUGGGAACCCCCUUGACGACGAUGAAGCCGCCAAAAUUUCGAAUUUCUUUUGGAUAACUAUCGAGGAAGCCUUUGAGUACAGCAAUACUCAUAAGGCUACCAUUCCGCCCGAACGAAGUCUCUUUGACUUCUAUGAAGAAAAGGUCGAGAAAACUGACUUUACUGUAGAAGAGAAGAAAUUAUGUAUCGAGCUCUGCAGGCUAUGGGGAGCGUACGUUGGUGAUCCGAUUGAAAGGCAGAGUCUAAAGUUCUUCUGCCUCGAAGAAUGCAUGGAUGGCAACAAUUACUUCGUAGCAUCGACCUACAAGGUUAUACUAGAUUACAUCUCUAGAGCAGCUCUCCAACACGCUGAUAUCCGGUUCAACCAACCUAUCGUCAAGAUCGACUCUGUCGCCCCUCAAGGCCCAAACACCCGUCACAACACAACCUUAACAACCGCCACAGGCGAAACCCACACAUUCGACGAAGUAGUAGUGUCCUGUCCACUGGGAUGGCUGAAGCGCAACAAAUCCGCAUUCACCCCAGAGCUUCCUCCGCGGCUCACCCAAGCUAUCGACAGCAUCUCCUACGGCCGCUUAGAAAAAGUCUAUGUCACAUUCCCACGGGCAUUCUGGCACAACAAAGACCCUGCUACUAACGCAGGCGCAAAGCUCAGUGCCUACGAGCGCCCCACCUUCGCACAAUUCCUCGACCCCGCAUACGCAAAAGGCCCGGAGGGUAUCCUCUGGAAUCAAGAAUGUAUAUCCCUAGCAGCUCUCCCAGCACACUGCGCUCAUCCCACACUCCUCUUCUACACCUACGGGCCCUGCUCCACGUACAUCGUUUCCAAGGUUGCGAACCUUGAUCCUAAGUCUCAGGAAUACUUUAAGUUCCUCGACGACUUUCUGCGUCCGUUUUACUCCCGUCUAUACGGAUAUUCGGAGUCAUCACCGGAGUGCAAACCGCUGGCCCUGAUGGCGACCCAGUGGCAGAAUGAUCCUUACGCUGGGCAUGGAUCGUAUUGCAAUUUCCAAGUUGGUCUCCGUCAGGGUGAUCGAGACAUUGAGGUUCUGCGUGCGGGACUUGGGCUGGAUCGUGGAGUGUGGUUUGCCGGAGAGCACACGGCACCUUUUGUAACGCUAGGUACGUCGACUGGGGCGUAUUGGAGUGGCGAGCGUGCUGCGGGACAGAUCUGUCAGUUGUAUGGGCUUGGUAGAGUGGGUAUGGGCAUCGAAAGGGAUGAUUCUCUGCCUUCGGCCGGUGUGAAAAGGCUUGCGGAUUGAGGGAUCUAAAUUGAAGGCGGGCAAUUUCCCUGCCUGGUCUGUAGAUAAUAUACGGAUAGAGAUAACCGUGCUGCUUACUUCGGACGUAGAUGUA